GCAUCUUCCAUGGUGAAAGGACGUCAGGGCGUCACCGGGAUGUUGGGUCCUGCGGAGACGGCCCGGCAUCUGGUCCCAGAGAAUGUAAUGACAUUCCCAAAGCCUUUGUGGGGCAGUCCGGGUCGCCCCGUGUCCGGCAGGACGGCGCCGACAAGAUUGAUGCUGCCCGUGCGUGGCAGGAUGGACGCGGCCUGUGUCCUGGGGCGCAGGAUGGUGGCCAGCCCCCUGGGGCCGAUCGAGGUGACCGCGUGUGAGCGGGGUCUGCACAGCAUCCGGCUGCUCGGCGGGAAGACACCCGACGCCAGCCCCACCGAGGCCCCCGCUGCUCCCGAGCCGCCCGGCAGCCCCGCGGCAACGGCCGAGCCCCUGGCGCAGUGCGAGGCCUGGCUGCACACCUACUUCCAGCGGCCCGAGGCCCUCCGGGAGCUCCCCAUGCCUGCCCUGCACCACCCCAUCUUCCUGCGAGACUCCUUCACCAGGCGGGUGCUGUACAAGCUGCUGAAGGCCGUGAGCUUCGGAGAGGUGGUCUCCUACCAGCAGCUGGCGGCCCUGGCAGGCAGCCCCAGAGCCGCGCGGGCCGUGGGUGGGGCGAUGAGGAGCAACCCCGUCCCCAUCCUGGUCCCGUGCCACCGCGUGGUCUGCAGCAGCGGGGCCCUGGGCAACUACUCCGGGGCCGGGGGCCUGGCCAUGAAGGAGUGGCUCCUGAGCCACGAAGGCAGCUGGCGCGGGCAGCGACGGCCCGGGCAGGGGGCUCCCGCAGCUCCCAGCCCACCGGCCGAACCUGGGUCUUCGCGGGGGGAGGGACAUGGGUGACACGGAGGUGUCCGGGCCCCUCAGCGGGGCCUGUGCAGAGGCCCCGCCCCAUUAAAGGAGCCGCUGUG